AUAAUGAUUAGAAAAUUAUUAUCAAGGUCCCUAUUUAUUAGACCAUAAUUCUACAUUAAUCACAUGUAUUAUUAUUCCAUCUAUAAAUAAGCUUUGAUACUCAAGAUUAAUUUAAGAAGUUUGACAGAACAAGUAUUGAUAGUAUUAAGACAUCUUCUAAACCAUUGCCAUCUCCAACUGAAGAAGCAGGACUCUUUAUGGAAGAAAAUGAAGUAAAUACAUUUCAUCAAACAUUAUUUAGGUAGAUGUAAGAUUCCUUAAAGUCUUGAAAUCCUUCGAGAAAAUAGAUAUCAAAUCAGUCAAUUGGGAAGGAGAUUUAAUGAAAGAUCUAGGUUUAGAUAGUCUUGAAAGAAUUGCUUUGAUCACAUCAAUUGAGCAUGAAUUCACAGCCAUCUUUGAAGACAGAGUAUUUGAUAAUUUGAAAUCAUUGCAAGACAUUAAAAAGCAGAUCUUAAAAGAUGAUUCAGCAUUUUGAAUAAUAUAAAUUAUU